UGGAAAACGUGGAUCGGUGGGAUCGGGCGAAGAUUUCGUAUUAUUGUAAAACCUUUUAAGAAAGUGAAUAACUUCGACGACGAAGAGAUUAAUAUAAUAGAUUGUGUGUUUAGAUUGGUGAUUAAGUUGAAAAAACCUUAGCAGUUUACAGUUGAACGACAAAAUUCUGGUUGCUGUUGAUGCGCAUUAAGCAGGUGCUGUUUAACCUUGAACAGAUUUGCAGUUCCCGUGUCUAGGUAAUUGGUAGCAUGAAGGCAUGUCUGUUUCCGGUGCAAAACGUCGAUUAUCGUCCAUUCUGAAGCCUUAUCCCAGCUCAGAUGGGUCAAAAGUUAAUUCGGGUUCAUCACAGAACAAGGUCCGCUUCGAGGACCUGUCGGUCGAAGCGGUGCUUCAAGAUGCACUAGCUACCAACCGGUUGCAGCGGUUCGAACAGCUGCUGGCUGCCGUCAAAGAAGAACAGUUCGACGACGGAAAGUUUCAGCAGGUGUUCGUGGAAUCGAAGAGGAGCGUGCAUUUGUUGAAUGCAAAUUUCAGCAUGCUGGUAGAGGCCUUGUUGUCGGUUAAUUGGUUACCCCGCAGUGAGCUGGCCCAUGAAGUCUACAAGGAGUUUGUGAUAGAACUACUGGUGGCACACAGCAACUAUACCUCGCUGGUAGUUUCCCGACUGGUGCAGGGUUUCGUUCCGAAGGAUGAAGACCGCACCGGUUGGGUGCAUGGAAGCCCGACGAGUGAAACUCUACGAUUGGCUGCCCCGAUCCACGACCUGAUCGUCAGACUGAAGAUUGUGAUACCGAUGAUAUUUGAUGUCAUUUUAGUUCAUUUACGGAAGCAAUAUCCUUAUUUCAAAAAACCUACACACGUAGUUUGUGGUUAUUUGCAUAAUAUUUUAUGUAUGACCGAGUAUUCGUCUAUGUUUGUCGAAGAAUUAUUGGAAGUUGUUUUCAAUCGACUUUUGGUGAUAGACGUAAAUGCUCCUAGAAACGAAAUUGAAGAAGCUGAGUUUCCAGAAGAUGAUCAGCAGAUUUUUUCAAUGGAGGAAGACUUAGUAGCUGGACAAGAUGAGGAAGAGAGUAUGGCUAUGAAACUACCGUUAGCUGAAACGUUGGAUUGCUGUAUGGAUAGAAUGAUGGAGUUUAUUAAACAGCGUGUCACUUCGGAAAAUGGCAGCAUAGCAGCAGAUCAAAUGUUUAGAAUACUGCUAAAGCUUUUCGAUAGUCAUAUUCUACCUACGCACAACACACACCACGUACAGUUUCUCAUGUUCUAUGUUUGCAGUUUCAAACAGUCCUACGUCGAGUAUUUUAUAACCUACCUGUGGAAGCACGUUGGUAAUCCUAACGUGUCUACUCCAAUGCGACAAGCGUCGGUUGGAUACGUCGCCAGCAUGCUGGCUCGUGCCAAAUUUGUUCCAUUGGGUUUGCUGAAAUCCACUCUCCAGGAGUUCUCCAGCUGGGUUCACCAUUACAUUCAGGAAACUGAUUCUAUGUUAGGAUGUAAUCUCAAAGCACACAUGGUAUUUUAUUCUGUGUGUCAAGCGAUCUUCUACGUGAUAGCGUUCCGCAGCAGACAACUAACAGCCAAUCCUAAAAACCUCACCUUCUUGCAAUCGCUACAGCUUUCGUCAAUCGUUAGCUGUCAUCUAAAUCCACUGAGGGUGUGUUUACCAGCAGUGGCUACAGCGUUCGCUGGCGUUACAAGAGCUCAUCAGUUGGCAUAUUGUCAUACGAUUCUGGAGCGCAAUGCUCGGCGUAAGUUGGCAACAGUCUAUAAAAAUGAUUCCCAAACACCUGAGGAAUGUUUAGAUACGUUCUUUCCGUUCGAUCCGUACAUGUUGAAGAAAUCGGCCAAGCGUAUUGAUCCAAUCUAUCUGCAGUACCACGCUAGCGAUGCCGAAGAGAGCCAUUCACAGGAAACGCGCAGUCGCAAAAGGUACGAGUCCAUGUCGGAAGAUGUUGACGACUUCUUGCAGGAAUGCAAACGACACAAGAAUGGCCAUAGCGUGAGUUCCGAUACGAAUGAGAUGCAUUUUAGCUACUCCUACGGAGUAUCGCCUGGUUUUCAUAAUUAAAAUCAAAAAUUAUUAGGAGGAUAAACAAAUCUUAUCUGUUUUUGUUUAGUUGCUGCAAUUACCUAGCAUAUUUAUAGCGCAGUUUCGUUUAAUAUACGCAAAAUUGA